UGUACGUGACGUCACCACGCACCGUUCCCAAACAAUGCUCAGGAAAAAGCCACGUUGACGAUCCAGACUCAAGUGUUGUCCACAAUUUCGGCCAGAAUAAAGCGAGAUUUCGUUAGCAGACGCUCAGAUUUCAUCUCACCGCAGAGUUCAGGUCAGAGAAGACAUGUCGUCACCACCGAAGGAGAAAGUGGAGACCAAAGGAGGACAUCUCCCCGCAGUAAAAGCCGGGGGUAUGAGGAUAGUGCAGAAGCACCAGCCACCUGCUCCCCCAGAACCGCUGCAGAAAGAUGACGAGGAGGAGUACGAGAGCAGCAGCCCACCAAAGGCCCCCGUGGUCGUGUCUGGAGUGAUUACGAAGGGAGAUAAGGACUUCACUCCUGCAGCUGCCCAGGUGGCCCACCAGAAGCCCCAUCCCUGUGUCCCGAAGCUGCCCCCAGCCCAGCACAUCAACCAGCACAUCCACCAGCCUCGCAAGUGAGCCACACUGAGCUUCUACGAUGGCUAUGCUAACUCCACCAGCCAGCCUUUCCAAUGGAACACACACAAUGAAGAUGUUUUCCCCACCAGGCCCAGAUCUCCUUUAAAUAAUCAGAGUAAUUUUUGACAGCCUGUGUAUUACAGGCGCGAGUACGCAGCCGGACAAUGCAUGUCAGUAUGGCCACUAUAGAAGUCCCACAGUUUACACCCUCGCUGUUUUGAUGCUGCACUACUAGAUCUGCACUUUUGCGUCCUAUCCUUAAGGGGGAUUUUCCCAGGGAGUUGUAUCGUCUUAAGGUGAUAUAGAUGGGUGGAGGGGUCUUCUAGAAUGGCUAUCUUUGUAGUAUUAAACAAGAAUGGAGAAAGUGAUCUCAGAUCUGAGUCUGUGGGGGGAAUUUGAAGCCCAGCAAUGUUCUGACCAGUACCACAUUACCACCACCACCAGCCAAUCACCACAAACCAAUCAGUCAAGCCAACCAAUCACCUCAAUACGACAGCCCCAAGCUCCAGCCCUCUGCUUAUAACAGUCUUCACUUGCCAGCUAAUAAAUCACCUUCAACAAUUAGUUCAGUGUGAGCAUAUCGCAGAAACUCGCCAAAUUGUGCAGGUACAGCAUGGACCAGAGAUAUUUAACUAGCUAAUUACAAAGCAGUGCUUGCCAAUUGCUAACUCAAAUGCAGAUGUUACAGCAACUCUGACAAGCAUUCCUAGCUUACCAAGCAAAAACCAAAUAUGCCCAAAAGGAAUUGGAGAUGUAGUGAUUGGACAACACUCGCUUAAAUUUAGGUCAAGUAGACUAGAGUAAAGGAAUUAGACUGAAAAUAUGACCAUAUGUGCAGUAACAGCUGUAGUUACCCCUUUCGCUAUUUGAUGCAUUAAUGUCAUGACUUAAGUUGUUUGUGACAUGAGCUUGUGGGUCAUUCUAGAACUUAUUUUAGCUUUUGCCAUAUCUUACGUCACAGUUCUUACCCUUUUAUUUAAACAGAGUGGAACAUCACCAGUCUCUGACCUGCUCUCUAUUUUUGGUUGAGUUGUUAAAUAAACCAAAUCAGUUUAAUCAUAAAUGUUUUCUAGCAGCUGUAACAGCUCAGUACCUUUAUGCAGGUCUCAGUAGAUUUAUACUUUUUAUUGUAAUCAGUUUACAUUGGAUCAGAAGUUUAUACAUUAAAAUUAGCUGCAGUAUGAAAACAGGCAGGAAUCUAAAUAACACCAUGUACUGUGAUCCAGCUGUUUGGUUUUAACAUUAUAACAGAGUCCUAUGCGUAAUUACAAGCUUUGGAAAGCACUGAAAAGGAGAACAGAGCAGCAAAAACUAAAAUCACUGUAAAAUAAAGGGAGGAAUAGAAAAAUGGCACAAGUUGUUGUAUCAGUACCAAUGUCUACAUUCCAGAGAAAGAAGAACAGCAGCCAUAUGACGGUUUAUAUAUAUACGUAUGGUUUAUUUCUGCUUGACACUUUAUUGGUGUUGAUUUCUCACUGCAUAUCAGAAAUCUGUCUUAAAAACCAAACCAGUGUAUCGCUAGUAAUUACACGUAUCAACACACGCAAACACACAACCCUGUUCCUUAAUCACCCAUCACCCUUACACAUAAGUGUCACUUGCUGCAACACUAAUGUUCAGGUUUCCAGGAAAGAAAGAAAUUUAUCUUGCCAAGAAGGAGUAAUUUCCUGUUAAUUUAAGUUUUAAAGAGUUUUAUUUUUGUUUUUCUUGGUUCUUUUGCUUGAGUAAAAUGUUCAAAUUGUACAAAUCCUUAGCCAUUGAGUGGUAUUAGGUGUGGUUGUCAUAUUAAAUAAAGAUAUAGACUAUCU